AUGUGCUGUUGGAGCACAGCAGCUAAAAACACCUCUAACGUUGAGGACUCAGAAGGCUUCAUACUCAGUACAGAAGACCGAGCCGGACCAAGCCUCCUCACUGGGCAGGGCACGAGGGCAACCUCUGCCACCCGCACUAUUUACGUUACGUCAGGCCUCCGGGAAAGGAUCCUCACGGACCUUUCAUCCCACGGUGCCCACGUCCCUGUUGUUAUGGCCGAGGUGGAGGAGACCCUCAAGAGGAUCCAGGCGCACAAGGGCGUUGUGGGCACCAUCGUCGUGAACGCUGAAGGAAUUCCAAUCAGAACAACUCUUGAUAACUCCACAACUGUGCAGUAUGCAGGUCUUCUUCAUCAGCUCACCAUGAAAGCCAGGAGCACGGUGAGAGAUAUUGAUCCUCAGAAUGAUCUAACCUUUCUUAGGAUCAGAUCAAAGAAACAUGAAAUCAUGGUAGCUCCAGAUAAGGAGUAUCUCCUGAUUGUUAUUCAGAACCCAUGUGAAUAGUCCUACGACAACAAUAUUUUUAGACAGUGAUGUAGCUCUACUUUUUAAACUAAUAUUCCUUACUGAUAUUUAAUAUCAAACAUACCACUGAGUAAUUUUCAUAAUGUGUAACUGUCAUGACUGAAAUGUUGCCAAAUUAAAAUUUUCAGUUGUAGCUGUAUCAGUUUUUGCUUGAGCACAACAUAAUGCACGCAUUAAAAUAUUGUAUGUUUAUCUUGGUACUCAGAAGACCAAUAAUAAAGCAAAAUGCUUAAAA